AAGAGCUUAAACCUCAGCUUCAGUACCUUCUUUGUCACUUUGGCAUUGAAUAUGAUGUGGAUGAUAUCAAAAACACUGCAAAUGAGAUGGAGCUAUUCACGCUGGUGAAUCAGAAAUUCAGGGGCAUAUUUAGCAAGGAAGAAACAAUGAAGACUUUUCCAGUUUAUGAUGCUUUUGAGUCCAGGACAGAACGCUGGGGAAUGAAAGGCCCAAAAAUGGCCCUGAAGAAAGAAGCCAAUUGGAUUCCAUUCUUAAAGAUCAAACCGAAACAAGACCCUUGGCAGCAAAAAAUCAUGACGAAACUGAAGCAACAGAAGGACAUGGAUGAAAUUCUGCGAUUGCAGUCCCAGAUUUUCCAGGUUUCUGACCCAAACCAAGUGAUGGAUGCUCUCCGUCAGCAUGCAGUGACUGUACAUGAGCCAUACACUAUGCAAACUUUGGCUGUUACUUCACAUCAUGUGGGUCAACACACAAGGUACAUUUGGAACAGGAUCUAUGGAAAUGCCAAGCUCUAUCCAGAGCCAAGAUGUAAAGAGAGUGGUUUGCCUGUGGAGAUUAAUGACCGGGAGAUGGAGAACACUUAUGAAAACAAACAUGCCACUGGUGUAUUUUCUUCAAAAAAGAACAGAGAUCAAGGUUAUAACUACACUGGCACCCUGCAGCUGUUGGGAUUGGAGGAAGGAAAUGAGGAAAAUGCAAAAGAUCCGGUGGUGACAAAGGGGGCUUAUCUGUCUCUCCUCCACCUGCGCCACUUGAGGAUUAGAGAGUUUCAGCGAGUCUGUUUAGGAAUAUUGAACUACUUCAGAUCCAUUGAACGGACCCUGACCAUCAACAUCUGCGGUCUGACCCUGAAAGGGGACCAGUUGGUUCGUACAGCAGCAGACACAUGCUGGAUAAAUGCAGCAAAAGGAGGCUUGGGUGUUGGAGAUGGCAUGGGUUCACACUCUUAUUUACAUAACACGCCUGCAGAUUACAAGAGGUAUGUCACUGAGUUCAUGGAGUUCUCAGAGAUCGAGAACCAUGAUGAUUUCUACACGAGUGAAGAGGAUCUCAUUCACACGCAGGACCAGCGAGGGAUUUAUAUCAUCUAUGAUGUGGCCAUAAAGGAUUUAACAGAAUUAGAAAACCAGUUGCUGCUCCUUGCAACCCAAUAUAUUGAGAAAGGUCAGAGAAUUUGUCAAGGUUCCCCUGUGGAAGGAUCACAGGGUGGGGAUAGCGAUCUUCCAACCUGGGCCCACUUGGCUGUUGAUCGCUUUGCUGUUUUGUUCGAUCUGUGGAGGUGUGAGGCAACAUUUCUGGAGAACAAACGACAGCUAUUGGACAGUUAUUUUGAAGCCUAUCAGCAUGUCUUUGAUCUGGAGGAGAGAUUUGCACUGGCCCAAGUGAUUACAGACAUCAUGCAUAAACGCCCACGGUUCAAUCUGAGCAGUGAGUACUUUGUGAAGACCUAUCAGGCUGAAUGUACUUGUUUGAAGCUUCACUUACAACUUAUAAGUGACAUUUUGAGCAAACAGAUAGAUGAACAGCGCGAAUAUGUACAGAGAGUUUGGAGGGAUGGUGGAAGGAUGGAAAUGGGUAUUGAAUUUGGCCUACCCCUUAAUAUCAUUGCUAAGCAACCAGUUGCCAUUAACAACAGUUGUCCUGCCUUGAAAAAGAUUUAUUUGUUGGAAUUCCAUCCAUCAUUGGGACUGGCCUCUCGUAUUCUGAAUACACUAGAACGUGCUUACUGGGAGCUGCAUCACAUUCACAGACCAAAGACGGCUGAUGACAGCAUUAGUCUAGAGAAACAAGUUCUUAACUUGGCAUUAGAAAAGUGGCUGGCCAUGGAAAAGCUCGAGUCGUGCUAUAGCCUCCAGGUUCAAAAGGAUUUGUUUUCGGGCGUAUUCGUUGAUGACCCACUCUUUGUCAGAGAUGUUGGACUCUCCUUCAUGAAAGAUUCAGGAGAAGUUGAAAACAGACCAGGAGCAGCAAAUCAAACCUUCAUGCUGCAGACAUUUUGCAGGCUUUUGGAGAUCAUUACACUGCGUCAUCGUUUGAUAGAGGCUGCAACUGAAACUGCCUUGUUAGCUCGAUUAUACAAGUCUGCAGCAGUACAAAUGGGUUUCGAUGAAUUCCAUCUCUAUUUGCGGCCUGUACAGUUUGAAUUUGCAGCCUAUAAACAGAAAGCAGAUCAACCCCCUCCCGUAUUCAUUACAAGUUUGCUUGAAGACAGCAGUAACGUUGACAGAUACGUUCCCUCGAGCUUGUUAUUAGCAGUCCAAGAAGUGGAUGAAAACCACAUUGGAAAAUUCAGUUUUCGCACCAAGGAAGCUGUUCUUCAGCUGCUGGCGAGGAACGGAGUGGAUAACCUGCAGGUAGCCUUGGCCUGUCAGACAGUGCAGAAAAAUUCCCUAAUUGCAGCAGUGCAGUCGGCUCUGUCCUCUCCCAUGGAGAAACCCGCCCAUUCCCUGGAUUCAAAGGAUGGAAUGUCAAGUUAUAGAAGUCAGGAGAACUUGGCCAGUGCAAGUUUCUGUAGCAUUGCCAGAGACUCGGAGAGCCGACAACUUACCACCUUACUAGGAAUACCCGGCACACUCGGAAAUCGGAAGCAGCUGCUUUCUACCAGGAAACGAGCUCCAGAGGCAUUUGUUUCAAUCCAGCUGGAGAAACUAGGCCCCCGUGACAUGAUGUUGAAUGAGUUUAUUAAAAAGAAAAGCACAGCGGGACAACUCAUGAAAAACACUGAGGACGUGGAGAAAGUCAAAAGACAGUUAAUUCUUGUCUACUGCCACAGGUUUAAUGAGCGCAUGUCACAGUGCUCUCUGCGAGGACAGAUCAUUGCAUACUACAGGGGCCUGCUGGCUUUACUGCAAGACUUCCCCACUAUCAAGAAAACCUAUUUUGUGUUGGGCCAGCCUCAAGAAAAGAAGGGAGAGCAAGACUCAGAGCUGGGUCUGAUUUCUGACCCAAGGAAACUCAAUCAACGUCCUCGCAGUUUGUUGUCCCCAGAUGGAAGAACAUUCCUUAAUCUGUGGUUCAUUCCUCACUAUUCUGAAGUACUUAUUAUGUUUAAAACUCUGGAGGAAAAGGUUUGUCAGAAAGCCCUAUACAAGACUCUAGAGAUUGUGGCAGCACUUUGUGACAUUGUCUCAUACCUGUGCUGUUUUGCACGGCUUGGAAACUCUCUUCUGUUUGGAUCUCAGAGGGUGCAGCCUCUGGCCGCUGAGUGGGGAGGACUCGAAGGCAUUGGUUCUGAGCUUCAGGAGAUUCAGGCUCAGAUUGAUGACCUUUCCAAUCCACAUGACCCUGCCUCAGUUGCUAAGCUCCUCAUUCUCAAAAGAGAGGUCAUGUUCUUGCAGUUUGAUGCUGCUGUUCGCCAUUUAAUCAGGGAAACCUUUCUGUCUGUUGGCAAUGUAGCAGCGUUUCAAUCAGUGACAGACUCAAUGUGUCAAGCGCUGCCGGCCAUGAGUAAUUCUAUAGACAGCAGCCUGUAUGGAUCAUUGCUUACUCUACCAGGGCCACUGGAUGCCUGGAGUCACAAGGCCACUGUACUCUUUCCCUGGAGAACGUUCUUAGCAAGAGAAGGAUUUGUCCCAGUGAUGCUCGGCAAUGUUCAAAUUAUCGAGUAUGGGAUGCAGAUGUGCCUAUGUAGACUGAAUGAUCAUGACCGAAGUGUAGCUAAUGCUGAGCUACUUGGUGUCUCUCUUUUGGUGGAAGAUGUGAUACAGAGUGGGAGUGACCUGUUUACUGAAAGGGAUGAGGAGUCGCAGGUUGACUCAGUGACCAAAGCUCAGCAGGUGAGUGCUGUUGAAUUAAAAAAAGAUGGAGAACAGUCCUCAGUCAGCAGAGAAGCUCCCUCUUCGAAAGCAAAGGACCCUAUAUCAGUGUACAUGGCUCUUAAAUCAUUCUUAAUAUUAUGGAAACAACUUGAGGUGUUUAAGGAGGAAUGGGGCAGGCUAAAGCUUAGAGUGGAACAGAUCAACUCUGUGAGCCUCUACAAGCAAUUCUGCAAAGUUUACAGAAUGGAAAUCCUGUGCCCAGCUUUGAGUGUGAUAACUGGCCAAUUAGGCUUGGUAGAUGAAUACGAAAGAAUGAUGAUGGACAGCCAGUCGCUACUCCCACCAGAGGGGACGUCAAAAGUAGAAAUAAAAACUCUACAGCUGCACAAAAUUCUUGAAAGCAUGGAAUGUUACAUGAUUCAUGAGCUUCAGAAGAAAAUCGCAAAGGAGAUAACGCUUGUUAUGUCAGAAAGAGCCAGAGGUGAAGCAACUUUGCCAAUAGAUGUUUGGAAGCAUUCAGCCAUGACAGAAAAUGUCUUGAUAGUGAGGCCUCAAAUUGUUGAAAACUUUGUUGAAAAAUUGAAGGAGUAUUCACAAGAGACUGAUAAAGAGAUUACUUUCAGCAAAGACCAUUUAAGAGACUGCCUCCUGACUCUAGCCUGUGAUGUAAUGGAGAGAGAGCGCAGCAACUUUGAGACUUAUUCCAUGUGUUAUGAAAACAUACUUCGUCGGGAACACCAGCUGCUUUACCAAAAGGAACAGGAAAUGAAGGGAAUGCAGAAAUCCCAAACAUCAUCUGCAACACUUAGCUGCCGGUUAGCUGAUCUCAGUCAUGAGAUAAUUAUCGAGAUCACAGCUCUCCGGGCAAAGUUGGCCAACCUGGAGGAAGAGAAUGCGAAGCUGAAAGAUGACAUCAGGAAAGAAGUGAGGCAGGAAUAUGAUGCUUUGGUCAGAGAUCUGUUUGCAUCCUGUUUUGCAUUGAAGGGGAAGCUGGAUGAAUACCACAUUAACAUGAACAAAACGGUCUGUGAACUGAUCAGCGAAGUGAGAAAGAAAGGGGUGGAAGACAUGAUUAUCCUCAAGAGGAAGAUUGGCUCCAGAAAGAAUGAUGACACUUUGAAAGAGAACCUGGCACAGCAAGAUCAGCUACAGUCCUUACGGGAAGAGAACAGCAAACUGGAGAGAUUGGUGUGUCAGCUGAAAACACUGAGCUGCUGGCGACAGACUGUAAAGCAGAAGCAGUUCCAACAAACUUGUGCUGCCUUGGAGCAGGAAGUCAUUAAAGUCAAGAAAGAUUAUCUCAACGUUAAAAUGCUGGCGGAAGAGGAAGUGAUUUUACUGCGUCAGCAACUCUCAGCUGUACAGAAAGCUCUGAGCAAGUGCCAGUCAGAGAAUGACAAAAUGAAGAAAGAACUGGAAAAGGAGAAAUGGCUGCUGAAGGAGUAUGAACAUAAGGCUUCUCAAGAGUUGAAGAACCGACAACAGCUGGACAUCGUGAAGGCAUCCAACAUGGAACAACUGUUGAAUGAUAUGGAGGAGAAGGAGCAGCGGUUCCAUCUCCUAAGCGCUGAGCUUGAGAGAUCAUCCAAAAUGGCUCAAAUCCAACACAAUAAGAUCGAUAAGGAGAUCAAACAGGUACGCUGUAAGCUGGUCCAAGAACGCAACUUGAAACUAGACGCCUUCCAGCGAGUCAGUGAAUUGCAGAAACAGAUGUGUGACUUUGAGGUAGCUUUGUCUCUAAGAGGCAGUGCUGCAGAUAACAGGAAGAAAUUACCGUCAUAUCUGUGUCGCAGUGCAAGCAGCUUCACAAGUACUUUACCAGGCAUGCAAUUACCAAUUCCCUGUCGCACCCACUCAUCAUCGAUUUCUAGGGACCAUUCUCAACACUGUUUGACUACUGACUCAAAGGCCACUGUUUUCAGUAGAACGAUUACUGAUAGAGGAAGGAUGCAAAGGCCAAAAACAGUUCCAAGCAGACUCCGCAACAAAGUGGUGGAAGCACUAUUACCAGAAUUGGAGGAACCAAAUCAUCAUGAUCUUCUUCUAGAACUGCAAGACUACAGAUUAAUUCAGAAAUAACUGGUAAACACCUACCAAAUUCCAUAACCAAAACAGCAAAGUAGAAAGUCCAGACAAGGGAGUGAAAUAAUUGUAUGCUCAAGCACUUCUAAAUCAUUUGAGAUUUAUCCAAUUCCAGACAAAAUGCUAUUAUACCAAACAGUCAAUGUUUCAAUGGUUGAAACUGUGCUUGUUAUGGAGAAAUGUGUUCCAGCUUCCACACCAUUACUUUUGGCCAUCAAGCCAGGUUUGUUUUUACCCUGCACACAAGUCCUUAACCACUCAGCAGACAGACUCACAUUGGCGAAUGGUGUUGCAAUAAUGGAUCCAAGAAAAUUGUGCUGAUGGGAUUUGGAGUCAUCAGCAGUUGUAGUUGAUUAUUAUAAUUGUGGCAAUCUUCACUGCAGUCAAACAGGAAUGGAAUGUUUUAUUUGCACAAGACUAACCGGUUUCCAGCUCAUUAGUUUCUAUAUGGGAAAUUAAAUAUUUGGAAAUAUCUCACCUCUUGGUGGUAUUUGUGGCCUCCUCCUUCCUUAUCUUCAGACAUCAAUAUACUGAAAACACUAAUUUGGUCCCACAGAAAAAAAAGAUGGUGGCCAUCUUUUCUGUUUGAAUCUAGAUUCAAUGCAUCAUGUUCUGCAAAUUGUAGGGUCAUGAAACCAUUUUUUAAAUUAACACCCCAACACAUUAGAUUAGAUCCCCUGCAGUGUGGAAACAGGCCCUUCGGCCCAACAAGUCCACACCGCCCUUUGGGGCAUCCCACCCACACACACCUGAACACUACAGGCAAUUUAGCAUGGCCAAUCCACCUAGCCCACACAUCUUUGGACUGUGGGAGGAAACCGGAGCACCCAGAGGAAACCCACGCAGACACAGGGAGAAUGUGCAAACUCCUCAGGCUGGAAUUGAACUCUAGUCCCUGGUGCUGUGAGGCCGCAAUGCUAACCACUGAGCCACCGUGCUGCCCACAAGUAUCCAAAGUUUAUUCAUUGACCCAUUAAAUAAAAACAAUACUAUUAAUCCUAGCAUGGGUUAGGAAAACCAACAAUUGAAACCUUGCUAGGUGGACUGUAGUACGCUGCAUUUUCCAUUGAACCAACUUUACUUUUACAAGUGACUAAGCUCAAGUAAAUUGAAAAAGCACAAAAGUAAACAUGAAAUUUAUUGGUUGGUAUGGUUGCACACUGUUCAGAGAUAUUGUGGGGUGUAACAACAUUUCACAACAUUACAGGUAAAGCAGGCACCCGAAAAGAAAACUUCAGCUUUUACAUUACAUCACACUUUGGCAAGUGAAGGCAGCGGAGUUCUGAACAAAGCACUUCCAAAACAUAAUAUUAAACACUUUCUUUCUCAUCUCCCCUGCCCUCCAAUUACAUUUUUGGCCAUACUUCAAGUCAAUGGCUUACAAAGUAUCCUUUAAGGCACUUUAACCUGAAUUCAAUUCUCAAUUGCACAGCCUAGACGUAGUGCAAAUCUUGAGCACCUGAAAUAAAAGGACAGUAAUACAGCCUGCAGCUAUAACUUCAAGGUAUUGAGAGGGUGCAGUAAACAUUUCAGUGCAAUAAAUUAAAGCAUGUGAAAUACAUGGUACAGCAACAAGGCCCCUUGCAGCUGAAUGCAACUUAAUCUUGUUAUGCCCAAGUAGGUUACCUAAAUCCACAUAGUGCAGAUUAACUAAAGCUUUGUCAAUUUAAAGCAAAGGUGUGCCGCUGCACAAAGAACAAAAUAAAAGAAUCCCUUUGGUUUUAGAUGACAGACAAAAAAAUGCAAGUGCAGCAAUGAGAUAAGAUAAUGUCCAUAAAAAGAUUAGACCACUUGAGAUUAGCUUGGAUAUUACAAGGUAUUGAUGAAAGCAAACUUUAGUAUUCAAUACAUCAAACAGAACACUGUUAUACAAAUGUACAUUUAGCUAGUGCUGUUUGUCUGAAGCAUUCAAAAACUACUCAGGUUAUCCAAAUAUUGAUGGCCAAUUAAGCAGCACUCCACUUGCAUUAUGCCCAGAGCAAGUCUGAUUUCUAUGCAGCUUAUUAUAUUUUGAAGAGGUGGGAGAGACUAGGGGUAAAAAGGAGAGAGAAGAAUUUUAGGUCAUUUUCAAGAACUGAAUCUGAAGUUUUGAUCUCGGAAGCAGUCACUAUGCACCUACUUUAAAGUAGAUGCGGAGGCACAAUUUUUUUCCAAAGCUUUGGAUUCUACUUUGCAAGUUUAUGAAGGUGAGGGGAGGAUUAAUUAGACCAGAAUGUAUCUUGCAUUUCAAACAAUUAUUGGUCACCACAUAAAACAAAAAUCUGGGCAAUCAUUCUGUCCAUGUUCAAAUUAUCUGCCUCAGGUUAGUAAUUUUAUCCACCACCACUUUUGUUUACCCUGAAAGCAGCAACUUUCCCAGUUAUUAUCCACAUUUCAAAUGCUUUCAUUUUUAAGAUGGACAAGGGCAUACUGCUCCAUACAGAGUAAUUACUGUGAAGUUAUUGUACACAACUGAUCAAAUCAUUUACAACAUAAAGCACUUAACCAACCCCAGAAUUAAACAGCAUUAUACUACACUUCAAGAUUUAGAAAUUUAAUCUAAAUGAUUGUCUUCCAAUUUUACACAGAAUAAUCUCAAGCUAAGAUGUUAAAUUUUUCACAUUAAUGUCACUGUGAGAGCUACCAACUUUAGUGAUUCUGCUCAAAGAAAACAAAAUCCUUCUUGCAUAUAAUCUGCUCUAUUCUUGCACAUUACAUAAAUGUAAACAGAAUGCAAAUACUAUAUUCACAAUGCAGAAACCUUCAAAGUACCACAACAUGCAGUAUUUCACAAGAGCCAAUGGCAAGGGAAAAUACUGGAAACAAAUUAAUCCUCCAAAUCUCCAACAGUAAAUUCUAAAUUAAAAAAGUGGAUAACAUGCGUUCGGAUUUAACACCCAUUCAUGCAAAACACACAACCAAGAUAACUACUGAAAAUGGAGUUUUUUUUUUACACUUUGGAGAUAUGAACUAAAAGUGGCAAACUAAAAUCAGGAUCUAGUGCAAAUAAUCUAAAAUAUGUAAUUCACUUUGGAACAUUCACUAAAAAUCAUUUACAUUACUGUAACAAACUACAGUAAUCAGCCCAGUUGGCAGCCCUGGAUUACAAAUCAACUAUUUUAACACUGAAAAAUCUAAAAGAGAAUUACUUUGUGAAUAAGAGCUCUAGUUUCUUUGACAGAGGCCCAUGUUCCAUGGUCAAAACUUUAGCAGGAAUAAGGCCACAUUUAUUUAAGGCAUGGCUGUCUUCCCUCCCCCAAAUCAAUCAUGUGCCCACAUGUUUGGAUCAUUUAAGGUUCACAAGCCCAUUGAACAAAUGGCAAGUCAAAACUUAAAAUCAAAAAAAAAGUUAAACCACGCACACCAUUAAAGAUAUGGCUAAUUCUAAAGAAUAGUGUUUUCUCCUGAAACUUAACCUACAGAGUGGACCAACAAUGUAAGCAACAGCCAAAACAUUGUCGUCCAGCAGCAAGGUGCUUAGAGCGUGUGAUAGUUCCUAUCCUUAGUUUUGCAGAACUUCACAGCAAAAAAGAUUACAGCUUGCAAUCCAAGCACAAGUACAAUUCCCCCAAUGAAACUUGCUGCAUCAAAGGUAGAUUUCUUAGAGGACGGUGGUGGUACUGGAGUCGUCCCAUUAGGUGUACCUGCAGAAAAUAGAAAACGUGUCAGGAUAAAACCAAAUGCUGCACUCUUGCAAAACUGAAGCACAAGUCUAUUCAAGACAUUGUCAUUACACAGGCUCCUUUAAAUGGUGGAAAAGGAGAGAAUCCACAAUUGGCCUCUGGUACAUCCCAACAACGAAAAAAAAUGGGCCUACUGGUUCCCUGGGGGCCAAGUAAAUUAAAGGCUAAAGCAGAAGAUUUCACCAUACUACACAGAAUCUCAGGAACCUGUGUGUAAGAAUACUUGGAUUUCAAUGAGGGAGUCAUUUAUCUAUCAUGAAAAAGAAAAACUGGAAACUAUCCAGAAUUAAAGUGGAAUAUGUACUGUAAAAGACAAGUACAGUAAUGCAACAGGGCAGGAUUUCUAAUAGCAUGUUUAUAUUUUGGCUAAAGGAAAGAUACAGUGCUGACUGAGAAAGUGGAGAAUGCAGAAAGGACUAGUCUUUGACAUCUCAAAUUCCAAGAUUCUUCAGACAUUAAUGGUAAAAUGAAUGCUGAGUCAGAGGAAGGAGAUAUCAAGUUUUGUCAAUGGGUUUGCUUUAACAGGUGACUGAGGGAGAAUCCAAAAGCAUGCAAUCCAGGCAGAUGAAAAUAACCACCCUAGUCAGAUGCUUUUCAAGUAGUCAGAUUCAGAGAAACCCAGUUAUGGAGGACAUUAAAACUGGAUUUAAUUUGGAGUAAAGGAACUUAGAAACAUGAAAUAAUCUUAAAAAACAAGAAUGAGUUAUUUGAGACGGUGGUCUGGGUACCUAGGAAACAAAACAAGUCCAAGAUAUGGGACUUGGUAGAAGUAACUGACAGAGAUGAUCUCUAGCUUAUGGAAGACUGACAACUGGAGGUUGGCUAGGUCAGGUUAGGAGUAGCACAAGACCAUGAGGGAAUUUUGUUCAAACUCGAAAGGAAAGGCAGUUAAAGAAAUGUAAAGAUAAUAAAUUAAUUUUAAUCUCAGAAGCAAAAACGAACAUUACAAGAGCUAAUACAUCAGUCUUCAAACACAUUAAGCCAUAAAAAAAAUUGAAAAAGGUGAUUCAUAGAAUCAGAAUCCCUCGUGUAGAAAUACACCAUUUGAACCACUGCACACUGAUUCCCCAAAGAGCACCACCCACACCCCCCAAAACCAACCAACACUAUCCUUGUAACCCUGCAUUUCCCACAGCUAAUCCACUUAGCCUGCGCAUCCCUGGACACAGUAAUUUAGCAUGGCCAAUCCACCCAACGGGCACAUCUUUGGACUGUGGGAACACCCGCAGGAAGCUCUCAUCUCUGCUCUUUUAUUCCAUUCCACAAUUAAGAGAUCAACAUACCAUGAUCACAAUCCAAACUUCAGGAACAUGCAGACAUACACUGUUGCUCUACAUUUUUCUUCUUGCCCUGUUUAAUCUGUUGUACCCACACUUGUCAAUUUACCCUUUUAUUGGCCAAAUGAUCACUUCAUUGACAUUCCUGCAACUUACAGCUUUCCUCUUCACCACGGCUCUUUACAGUUGAGAGAAAUCACAGCAUCUGUACACAGUGUGGAAGUGGAAGCAGGCCAUGGCCCACCAAGUUCACACAUUCUCUGAAGAGCAUGAUUUUAUAUUUACCUGCUGUAGUACCAAGGCUGGUGGCAUUGGGUGCCAGAGUGCUAAUGAGAGAGACAGGAACUGUGGAAAGAAAAAGUAGUUAAUGAACAAUAAAUAUCCACAAUUUCAAAAGCAGAGUCAGAUUUCAAACAAAUCUAGACAAUUCACAGUAGAACUGGACAUUAACAAUCAACUCAGCCUUCUUACGGAUAAGCACUGGAGCAAAUUGUUCACAGCAAUACCAAUGGAGUGAAGCUGUACUGAACAAUUUGCAAAGAUCAAAGCAAAGUAACCAGAACCUAUUAUGGUACUGUCUCACUAGAUCAGUGACUAGAAGCGUAUGGAGGCAGCUACUUUGCAUUGCACACUGGUCCUCCAAAGAGCAUUUCCCCCACCCUAACAACCAACACACUAUCCUUAUAACCCUGCAUUUCCCACAGCUAGCCUGCACAUCCCUGGACAUUGUAAUUUACAAUCUAUAGGCUGUGAACAAGCAAGGCAAUAUUCCACUGAUAGUCUACAUAAAACAAAAAGCAUUAAAAUAAGCAAAUAUAGGGUUAUGAUUUGAAAAAUAUACUUCGUACCUUAUUUAUGAAAGGUUUAUUCAGCCAUAGGAUUAAUACUGGAUCAAAUCUGGAUAAAUCUUUGCUUUUCAAAGACUUGGUCAGUCAGACCAUUUAUCACCUGACAAAGUUACUUCUAAAACUGACUGCAAACAACAUGUAUCUGAUGGAAAGAUCACUAAUUUAAAGCCUGGGAAUACUGUUAAAAUUGAAAAAAGUUGCUACCUCAAGCAAAGACAUUUACCUGAAGGUUAUGGGGACAAAUUCAUAAUUUAGAAGAAACUAAUGGAACGAGUCCAGGUGGUUUGAGAUUCAAAAACAAAGGGAAAAUUUGUUUUGUGAAGAAAAAUUGAAUAACAAUGCCUGUCAACCCAACAUUGUUUGAGUUGGGAUAAUUGUUUUGUAUUUAAAUUUAGUCCCAAUUUAGUAAGGUCAACUUUGAGAAAGCAAGGUCACAACUAACAUUAAAAAAAGGAUAAGAAUAAACAAUUUGAUAAUGCGUGCAAAUCACAGGAAUGCUUGACUUGUUUUAAAGAUAUCAAAAAUGUUACAUGACUGCAAAGUUUCCUGAGGACCAUAAAGGAUGGUGACUAUCGCACGUAAAACAUUAGGAACUGAUUGAGGGUAGGAGAUGGCAUUAGGAAAAGAACAUAAUGGAAAUAGAAGUAGCUAACAAAGGGAAUUAAAUCAGUUUGGUACUGACCUACGAGAUACAGAAAAAUAUAGCAGAAACCAAUAAUGUAGUAGAAAAAGAGCACGAGCAAGCUAUGAGCUUUUUACUGUGAACUGAAUUUGAUAGUAAACCACUGCCCAAGGCAUUGGAACAUGGACAAAAAAUUUUGCGACAGAACAUCCCUUCUGAACUUCUGAUAAGAUCACCUGAAAAUCAUGAAUGAGACACAUGAUACCAGUACAAGUGCAAAGAAGUGAUAAGUCAUAGCUUGCUAAUUUAAACUUACUCAUACGUUCACUAGCACUUUGCAGAUCAUACAUUUCUUGUGGUGGCUAGAUGCCCUUUAUCCAUUCCCUACAUUGGUCUUUUAAAAAAUGGAGCUCAUGUGCAAUUUUCUACUUUUAACCAGAGCUUAUCCAAAACUUGUCCAUUGUCUAGCUUGGUUAAUGUUGAAGCAUUUGACUUCUUUUGAGAUCUUUGUUGGUUGCUGCUCAUUGACUCAAGUGUAUUCUAGCUAAAGAAAAAUUUGCAGGAAUGAGAAAAUAAUCAAGUAGUCAAAUAGUGCAAUGUUGGAAGAGCUACAAUCUUAGUCUAUGCAUAUUAAAUUGCCAGCACCGAUAACAGGUUCAAGUUGUUUUGUUUUCAUUUUGGAUAUUGUUCAUACAGCUUACAUUAAAUUUGAUCAAAGGUACAGUGCAAGAACAAUGAUCUGCAAAUAGACAGUUACGCACCAACCUAUAUUUAUGAUUAAUCAGACUGACAGUUUUACAUUACAGAUCAUGUGUUGGGGCUGCCCAUAGAGCAGUGAAAACACAAAAAAGGACAAUUGCAGCCAUGUUCGUGGCAUUAGCCAUGAGAAAAACAUUACAGCAGUUGGGAAAAUAUUUGGUUAAUGUAGUCUUGAAAAGAACAGUAGCUCUGUAUAAUCAAGGUUGUAGAGAGAAUGUACAGCUGCAGUUGCUUGCAUAGAUAAGAACAUUUCACACUAGUUGUUUCUCAAUUUGUUUAAUCUCUUACAAUACUGAGUAGGUUUUAGUUAAGAUUUUUCAGAUAAUUAAUAGAUUCCGAAGUAGUUAUAGAUCCACCCAUAAACAAAAAAGUGACUAAAAGCAUCAAUGAUUCAAACUAGUUUCAUACUGUAAAAGCAGCUCAUUUAGGGAGGAAUGAAUCACAGGUACAUAUAUUAGCAGACACUGGAAUGUGGACUAACUAAUACAUUAAGAUGUGUUAGUUAAAGAAUUAUGACAUUAAGUGUAAACAUUGGAACUGAUUAAAAAACAAUAUUCUUUUAUUUUGUAAUGAGAAACUUAAGAUUCUGAAGAGAGCAAUUAUCCAAUUAACUGGCAGUUCACACAGUGCAGCUGUCAAAUGUUACUUGAAUACAGUAUCCAUUGUAAAAAGCCUCAACAAGUUAAAGUCUGGGAAAGCAUCAUAAAGGACCAAGAGUGGACCAUAAGCCAAUAUCUGUCAGUGACACGAUUAGUUUAAUGGAAAUUGCUGAGGACCAGAGAGCCAAUUAUAAAAAGAUAACUCAUUGCUGCUGACCAAGGGGUGGGAGGCACAUAGCUUGUACAGUUUAAACUUAAAAGUCUAAGACAUUCUGAAGUUUGUGCCUUUUUGCUAUGCUGUAACUGAAGCUGUACAUCACAAUAAAGGUCACCUGA